AUGACGAACAUUGCAGUCGAGGAUAUGACCAAAUGGGUGCAUCGACCACUUGGGGAUCGUAAGAGGGAGGAAAAGACACAUGGGAAGGUCUUACGACCUAGAAACUGCUUCAUCUUAUAUAAAUCGGCUUAUGCACGGCGCAUCGAAAGUGUUCUACAGAAGAAGGACCACUCGGCUGUCUCUGCUAUUGCGGGGCGGAGCUGGAAUAUGGAGACGCCUGAGGUCCGACAGAGAUAUACAACACUGGCCCAUAUCGAACGCCAGGGUCAUGCUGAAGCGCACCCAGAGUAUAGGUUCUCGCCGCUGAAGCGAAAGCGGUCUCCAGUGGCGAAGGAAAGCUCACCCGAGAUUAAAGUCCCUAGUCCUCCUGUUAGCACCGACCUGGGGCCGCAGCUACAAGAUAUUGUAAGUACGUUGCUCAUCAGUGAGGCUUCCUGGUGGCUGCAAGGUGGGAGCUUCCGUUUUUCAACCACAGAGGAAUUUGGGAUGGACUAUUCAUCGGAUUUGGUUGAGCCACCCAGCACAUAUCCUGGGAUAUGGGGUUCUGAAUUGCUGUUUGAUUCUUGA